UGUGCCUCGUCACUGGCCGUAGUUGACGUCAUCAAAACGGGCCGGGCAGACGCAGCAUGGAGGCGCUGCUUCACUGAGGGAUUUUGACCUUUUAACGUUUGUCCUACAGUAACUUGUCGGCUUAGUUAGUGUUUUCCAGAAUGUCGGUCAAGCAGGCGUCGGUCCACGCCAAAUGGAUCAUCGGCAGUGUAAUAGGGACAAAGAUGUCCAAAACUGCCAAAGUUCGAGUCACUAGACUGGUGCUGGAUCCUUACCUGCUCAAGUACUACAACAAGAGGAAGACUUACUUUGCCCAUGAUGCUUUGGAACAGUGCACCAUAGGAGAUAUUGUCCUCCUCAAGGCUCUGCCUGAGGCCAGGUCAAAACACGUGAAGCACGAACUGGCUGAGAUAGUGCAUAAAGUAGGUCGGGUGGUCGACCCGCUGACAGGAAAGCGUGUUGCAGGAGAUGAGUUCCUGGAACCUCUGACUGACCUCCCACUCGUCCUGGAAGGCGAGACAACGUUAUCGGAAAAACUGCAGGAGCUCAACAUCUCUGCCGCCACCACUGGAACCGAAUCCCUGCCACCAGCUACUCCAGCACCAUGAUAGAAAACUAUGUUCUUGUGUGUGUUAAUAUUAGUUCAAACACAUGUUUCCGGUGUUGUUCAUGUAAAUAUUCAUCUCUAAACCAUUCAUCUGUAAUAUAUGAAGUUAGACGGCCUGAAUCAGUUUCCUCGCUGCCUGCUCAGGUAGUUUGAAGUCACACAAUAAAAUUACAAAACAUGUGCAUUUCUGCUCUCAGACAAAAGAUGGGAACAAAAAGUCUCAAUAAAACAAAACACUUUUUUUUAAUGAA